GUCCAUGCCAAGCCUGAUGCCAUCUCUGAUCUACCAGCACGUGAUCCAUAUCCCUCCUUUCCCUGCGCCUAUGUAAAAGCCUCUUUAAAGCCACUAUCAUAUCUGCCUCAACCACGGCACAGUGGUGCAGCAGGUAGUGCUGCUGCCUCACAGUGUCAGAGAUCCGAGUUACAUCCUGACUAUGUGGAGUUUGUACGUCCUUUCUGUGACCGCAUUAGUUUUUUCCGGGUCCACAAUUUUACAUCAGAUUAGUUUAGUUUAUAGUCAUGUGUACCGAAGUAUAAUGAAAAGCUUUUUUGUUGCAUGCUAACCUGUCAGUGAAAAGACUAUACAUGAUUACAAUCGAGCCGUCGAUUGUACAGAGGACAAAGUGAAUAAUGUUUUGGGCAAGAGAAAGUCCAAUGAUGUCUGAUUAAAGAUACUGAGGGUCUCCAAUUAGGUAGAUGGUAGCUUAGGACGGGUCUCUAGUUGUUGAUAGGAUGGUUCAGUUGCCUGAUAACAGCUGGGAAGAAACUGUCCCUGAAUCGGUGCUUUUGUGUUAAACUUGUGGUCCCAAGCCAACGGCGCUAUACAAAUGCAAAUCUCUUCCAAAGGCAGGGUCAACUUGAUACCUGCUGACGUCAGCAAAGAAGAGAUGGAGACAGAAAGUUCCUUGUUCGCUGUCUGGGGUCGUGAGCUAGGACCGGCAGGUAGGAGGUACCUGAUGUCUCACCUGAGUCCUUGUGUUGCUCCUCACCCCCUCCCCCUGGCCCAUGUUAAGUAGUGGGAGCAUCUCACUUACACCUGAGAGCAGGCUACAACUCUCGGCACUGUUCACACGACUAACCUGCCGCUUUCAGGGUAAAGGAAGGAGCUGCAGAAAGCUGCCAGGGAUUCCUGGAUUUUACCCGGGGAAAAGUGAACCGAUCGCUCGCCCUCACGGAGAGCCCACUCCUCACAUUAGCAAGACGUAAGUGCUCCCUCUUUCUAACGGCUCCCUCUCCUCCUCAGUCUUCGCAACCUGAGAACAUCAUAGACACGGGGAAAUUGUUGGGUAGUUGGCUUCCGGGCAGGGAAGUUUAGUUUAGUCUAGUCAUACAGCCUGUAAAUAGGACCUUCGAUCCACUGAGUCCACACUGCCCAGCGAUCACUAUCUCUAUCCUAUACACUAGGGACAAUUUACAGAAGCCAAUUAACCUAUAAACCUGUACGUUCAUUCCUGGGAUGUUAGGGGAAAUCGGAGCACCUGGAGAAAACACACGCGGUCACAGGGAGAAUGUACAAAUUCCGUACAGACAGCACCUGUGGUCAGGAUCAAACCCGGGUCUCUGGCGCUGUGAGGCAGCAACUCACUGUGCCACCCCAUUGUGGCAAGUUGUGAACUGGCAUGCAAAUAUUUUAUAGUGCGCAGGAGUUUUGCAUUUUAAAACCUUGUUUUCCGCUUGUGCAGCUUACAUCCCUAUAAUAUGAAGGUUGAAUUCUCCAAUUUCAAGUCAUACCCCACUGCUCUCAUUCCCCUCAUUCCUCACCUCCCCAGCACACAUUCUUCCCAGAAAAAAACAAACAAAGAGCGGAAUAUCGUGUUACAGUUUACAGGGAAAGUGCAGAUUAAAAAAGGCAAAGGUCGCAUUGGGAUAGAUUGGAAGAUUGGGAUUUCAUUCUUAGCGUAUCAGCGGUUUGAUAACUGCUGUCCCUGAAUCAGGUAGUACGUGCUUUCAAGCUUUUAUGCCUUCUGCCCUACGGGAGAGGGGAGAAGAGGGAAUGAGGGUGUGAGGGGUUCUUGAUUAUGGUGGCUGUGUUUCCCGAGUCAACAUGAAGUGUAGAUGGAGUUGAUAUGGGGGUGAACAAGGAACUGAUUAUACAGGAUAACAAUCAUGGAACAUGAACAAAGACUAUACAUGAUUACAAUUGAGCCAUCCACAGUGUACAGAUACAGGAUAAAGGGAAUAAUGUUUAGUGCAAGAUAGAUAGAUCAGCCAUGAUUGAAUGGCGGAGUAGACUUGAUGGGCCGAGUGGUCUACUACUGCUCCUUUGACUUAUGAACUCAUGAACCUUGUGUCCUUUUGCGUUUUAACCAGCAUCUGCAGUUUCUAGUUUUUAUACCUUCAGAUUUUGUGGAUUAUUUUCACAGUGAACUGGCAAUUAGCCGAGACGUCUUCGGUUUCUGACGACUGGUUGCUGUGUCCACACUGACAGCAGCUUCGGUCACCUCUGGGGACAAAUGCAGCCACAUCUGUGCAGCUGCUGGUGGAUCUGGUGUGUCUGCUGGAGCAGUGUUGCCGUGGGUGACGAUCCAGGAGAAAGUGAGAAAGAACUACCGGCAGAAGUGCAGCAGAUUCUGGAUCAACUCUUGGAUGGGAAAUACAUUGAAGGAACUGUUCACGCCAUCGAAUACCUCAGGAAACACCCUAUUGAAGACCAUCAGGCGGCCAUGCUGAGAUACCUUCAUUCCAGGGGCUCGAGCCUGCACAGCCUCCAGGCGUCCUACACCGACUACUUCGCGGGCAUCGGGCGCCGACCCCGGCAACUGGCCGCCCACCUGCGGCACCUGGACACCCGCUCCUUCCUGCUCGGCGUCAACCUGCUGUACGGCGGCGGCAGCGGCGGCCAGCUGCCAUUCACCACUGUGCGGUUCAGGGAUGUCCGGGAUUUGAUCCUGCGGACUCCGGGCGGGCACCGCAGCCUGUUCGUCACGGCCUGGGAGAAAUGCUUGCCCCGGGUUGCCACGUCCCCGUGCCUGGAACUCCUCACCAAGGCCCUGAGACUGUCAUCAGCCGCCUACCUGCGGCCAGAGAUGAUUGCCCACCUGCCUCUGGACCUUCCUGAGGAGAUCUUCAGGAACAUCACGGCGGUGUUUAAGGAACUGUACGAUGAUAUGACUGCUCGCAGCCAAAGGGCCAUCUAUGAGUGGAUCCGACAGAUCCUUCAGAGACCCAACAGGCAGCCCGCAGGAGCGCCGUGGAUUGUGGCGGAGAACCUGUGGUUUCUGGGGAGAUUCGUGGUCCACCUCCCUCCUGAGGAGAUCCAGAAGAUCAGCCUCAAUGAGAUUCGACACUUCAUCAAUUACGACAACGCCACCAAGCAGCUGGACUCAGUGUACGACAUCACCCCGACCACUGCCAGAGCCUUCCAGGAGAGAAUCAAUGCCAGCGGCUUUGAUAUGGCCAACACCUCGACCGUCUACAGACUCGGUCUCCUGGUCUGUUUCUUCGACAAUGUGCAAGAGUUGGACACAGGGGAAGCUCGCAGUCUCCUCCACCAGAUGAUCAAGUGCAGCCGUCUCAAGGGUUUCCAGGCCGACGUGAAGAAGCUGAAGGCGCAGUUGCUGGGGCUGGUACUGAGCAGCCAGCGGCUGAACGAGACUUUGGACUCCAUCUCGGAUGCCAUCGCCUGCCUGUCGUUCCCCCAGCUGGACUCGCUGUCCACGGAGUCGGUGCGGAGCGCCGCAACCGUCCUCGGCACCGUCCGCGGCUGGACUCCCGGCCAGACACUCAUCCUGGCCGACAAGUUCAUGGGGGGCAACAAGCAACUGUCGCUGUUUGACCUCAGUCGGCUGGGAGUCCUGGUGCCGGGGGUCAGUGCGGACACUUUGUACAACACCAGCCCCCAGGAUCUAGCGCAGGCUCUCCAACGGUCCCUGUCCCAGCACGGGGCCAGUCUCUCCCCCGGACAGCGACUGGCCGUGGUCACCCAGAUUGCCGCUUCCUGGAAUGUGUCCUCUGUGCUGGACCUGUUGAACAGUUCCUUCUUAAAAGAGCUGCCCCUGUACAACCUGCUUCAUAUGACGAGCUACAAUGUCAGCCACCUAAACCAGAAGGAGCUGAGGAAAAGUCAGGCGUUGUUCCUUUACCACCUAAUGUCUGACACGAUGCCUGUGCAAGAGAUCCUCGGGUGCGGGCAGCUGGUGAGAGGUGUGACCUGCGAUCACCUCCGAGCCCUGGACCCAGCAACCUUCUGGCAGCUCGAUGGCCUACUCCGGGGCAGUCUCUCCCUGCUCUCCCCACUCCAGGUAAGUGAGAGGCGCCUCUGGGCCUUUACUCACUGGAGUUCAAGUACCCGGGUGCGUCAGCGACAUGGGAAGAUGGGGUGGGGUGGGGGAAGGUCGGAGAAAACGCUUGGACUGAAUCCUUCUUUUUUCUGGUCCAGUACCCGUGUUCUGGCCAUGGCCCCUCGAAGCAUCUGCAAACCUCUGUUAAUCGCCCUGGGCAGGGUUGAGCUGUCAUCUAUCGUUCCCCAACCAGCAAAAAGAGCGGAGGUGAUGGAGAGUGUGCUCUGGUGCCUGAACUACACGAUCCAGGAUGAGUAUGAUGUGGACAUCCUGGGCAGAACUAUCUGUUAUCUGUCUCCUGACUUCAUCAGGACCAUCACCUCCAACAAGGCCCUGAACGAAGCACUCAUCCAUUUCAGGAUUUGUCGGAAUCUCAGCCCCGCCCAGAAGAGGGAAGUUCGGAACAAGAUCCAGGAAUAUUACGGGGAUCCAACUGCCUGGCAGCCUGAACUGAUGCAGGAUCUGGGGCCACUGGUUACACUCUUGUCAAGGGAAGACCUGACCACUGUCGCUGAGAAGUUUCCUGACAUCCUGCUACAGUUAGCAUUGGAUGUGGAAGGUACGGCUGUUUCUGAGGACUUCCUCGCGGCAGUGUUUCAUGCUCUCAAGAGGACCAUUGGGACCAUUACACCCUCCAAUAUGCCUCCAGGCUGUGGCGGGACUCGAACUCCAUCCUCCGAGCACAUCCUCAAGCUGGCGGACGCCAACUCCCUUUGGUCAGCCGGCGAGCUGCGCUGCCUGUCCCCGGAGACGUUUGUACGGAGUGUCGAGCUCCUUGGUGCCCUGACGAGUUUCAGCAUGGCCCAGCUCCUGGCCCUGAAGGAGAAAGCCAAGGAGGUGUGGGGGCCAGUGCGGAGCUGGAGGAAGCACCAGGUGCGGGCGCUCGGCCACAUUGCACUCUCUCUGAACCAGAGUGAAAUCCGGGAACUCGAGCUCGGCUCCACCGACACUGUGGCGGCACUGAUCCAGCACCGGCAGUGGUCUCCACCACAGGUUAGGUCAUUGUUGGAAGGGUUUCUCCACGACUCUGGCCUGCCAGUCGAAGCUCUGUCCGGCUGGGACCUGGCUGGGCUUGGCAGAUUGCUGUGCGAGAUGACCGGCCCUGAGCUCGACUCCGUGAGCACUGCCGCCUACAGCAUUGCAGCAGCGAGGGUGGGCGAGCUGGCCUGCGAGGCACAGGUCCUGCGGCGGCUGCUGAGGAAGGCGAGGGAGGUGUUCGGCGACGUUGGCCAAUGGCACGGCUUUGUCCUGUGGGAGGUCGGGACAGUGGCAGCCGGAAUGAGUGGAGAGGAGCUGAAGCUGCUGGUACCGGACUUGAUGCCCUACUUCACGCCAGCGGCCAUGGCCAUACUCCCCACCCACGUGUUCAAGGAACUCUCUCCGGAGCAGCUGAAGAAGCUGGGGCCAGAGAACUCAGCGGCUGUUACAGCGGCCCAAGAAGCCGCUCUGAACCGGGAGCAGCUCGCUGGGCUGCAGGCUGCCAGGGAUGGAGGCGAUUCCAACGAGACGCCGCUGUCCACUGCCCCACUCACAGGUUUAGCAUACCGUGGUGAGAUGUGCUUCCUGCUCUGGGCUGCCUUCACAGUUGUGUAUUUUGCAGACUAUUGCCAAAUCCUAGCGCAUAAUAUUUGUACAUAGUAACAUACUAAUGAUCAACUGGUGUAGAUAUCAAUAUAAUAUGGCUAAUUGCAAAGACGUAGACUAGUGAAUCUCCAGAAGGAUAUUCUCACAUUCUUCAGGGGAUGUGGGGUUCACAGGCUUAGCCAGCGUGUAAUUGCCAAUCCCUCGUUGCCCAUGGGAAGGUGGUGGUGGUGAGCUGCUGCCUUGAAGCACUGCAGUCCUGGAGGUGUGCAUACUGAUAGGGAGAGAGUUCCAGGAUUUUGACCCAGCGAUAGUGAGGGAAGGGUGAUAUAUUUCCAAAAUAUAGAAACAAGGAACUGCAGAUGCUGAUUUAUACAAAAGAUUGACACAAAAUGCUGGAAUGACUCAGCGGGUCAGGCAGCAUCUCUGUAGAGAAAGGAUGGGUGACAUUUCAGGUUGGGACCCCCCGGUUAAUCAGUCUGAAGAAUGGUCCUGACCCGAAACAUCGGCAGUUCUUUUGAUCUUAAUACAUCUGAGUGAGAAGGCAGAUAAGGGCUUGGUUUAAUAUCAUACCCACAAAAAUGCUCCCCUGACAUUGCGGCACUCCCUCGCUCCUCCAUCCCUCUCCCAUCAUAUGUCACACAAAGCGUGGCAUAAACAUAUAUGCCCUUAUCGGCUGAGAGUGUAUUGCAGGUAGUUCUGCUAUCAUGCCAUAGAUGUGUUACUACAAAACCUUGUGUUAUAGAAAAUUGCAUUGUAAAUUAAUGGGGGGGAAAUGGGAUUAAAGGGCUAGGUAGUUUCAGACUUGCGAUAAGUUUUUUUUUGUCUCUGCGCCAUUUUCAAGGUGAGAAGGACCAAGUCUAAAGGAGAUGUGCAGGACAGGUUUUUUACAUCAGAGUGGUGGGUACCUGGAACACACUGCCAGAGGUGUUGGUGGAGGCAGAUGCCAUAAUGGUGUUUCUGAGGCUUUUAGAUCGGCAGGGAAAGGAGGGAUAUAGAUCAUGUACAGACGGAGGAGAUUAGUUUAACUUGGCAUUAUGCUUGGCACAAACCUUGUGGCCUAAAAGGCCUGUGCUAUACUUUUGUAUGUUCUUAAAAAUAAAGGUCUUUCCAAUAGCUAUAAGUUUAUAGUUUUACUUCCGCAAGCCGUUGCACUGUUUAAUAAAGUUAAUAAAGUAUGUCAUUGGAAGCGAAUGCCUGUCAGUUUGUGUUGAAAUUUGCAGACUGUGUUCUUAAGAGACAAUAAUACCUGGUUACUGCGGGGAGAUUACAGGGGACAGGCUUUUUCCAAGACGGGUGAUUCUUCUGUUUAUAUGUUCAUAAGUUGUAGGAGCAUAAUGAGGCCAUUUGGCCCAUCAAUUCAAUCAUGGCUGAUCUAUCUUUCCCUCUCACCCCAUUCUCUUGCCUUCUCCCAAAAGGUAUCCCCUGAUACCUUUACUAAUCAGGAAUCUGUCAAUCAAAAUAUCCUGCCUUCUCCCCAUAAUCCUGAUACCCUUACUGAUCAGGAAUCUGUCAAUCUGCGUCUGUAGCAAUGAAUUCCUCAGAUUCAAAACGUUGUCAAUUUACAACGUAACCUUUAAAUGGUUCUCUAAUUCGAGAUCAAAAUCAUAUUAUAACUAAUUAUAGCAGAUCCACCUGUCCUCAGCAGUGGUUGAGACAGGUAGAAUGACACAAUUUAAAAUACUUUUAGACAGGAACGUGGCUAGGAAAGGUUUAGAGGGAAAUAGGCCAAAAGUGGGCAAAUGGGACUAGAUUACAUGUGGUAUCUUGGACGGCAUGGGCAUUUUAGGCCGAAGGGCUUGUUUCCAUUCAGGGUAGUACUUCAGAAUCAGGUCGACGUGCAGGAGAUCUGCUGGAAUCGGAGAAAGAGUAGUGCAAGAUGCUCUCAGAACUUAUGUCGGAGAGAGGCGGAGAACAUAUGUUUAGGAGAUUUUACAAUGGCGGAGUGAAAAGGAGAUGGCAUGGUGGUGCAGCGGUAGAGUUGCUGCCUUAUAGUGCCAGAGGCUCUGGUCGAUCCUGACUAUGGGUGCUGUCUGUACGGAGUUUGUUUGUUCUUCCCGUGGGGUUUCCCCGGGAUCUCCUCCCACACUCCAAAGACAUACAUGUUUGUUGGUUAAUUGGCUUGGUAUUGUAAAUUGUCCCUAGAGUGUGUAGGAUAGUGUUGGGAUAGCUGUCAUCAUGGAUUCGGUAGGCCAAAGGACCUGUUUCCACGCUAUUUCUCUAAACUCAACAAGGAACUGCAGCUGCUGGAACAGUCAGUUAAAAAUACACAAAGUGCUGGAGGAACUCAACGGGGGUCAGGCAAUGUAUGUAGAGGGAAUGGACAGAUGACGUUUUAGGUCGGGACCCUUCAGGGAUUUUCAAAUCAUUGCUUAUAUCUGAUGAACCUGGCAGAAUUAUUUUUUGAGGGAUUAUUUAUAGGGAUUUACAGAAGAUUUUCGAUAAAGUCUAUCACGUGUUGGCAGUCUGGGGUUUUGGAAAUGAUGCAAAUUAUUGACCUAGCUCAGAGGUUGGCUAAACGUUUAAAGACACAGAAUAUCGGGCAGGAACUCAAAUGGCAAGGCGUGAGCAUCCGUAUUCAACAGGAAACAUUAAACUGCAAAGGAAAUAUUUUUGCCAAGUGGAUGGAGCAAAGCUUAACAAAAAGGCCAGAACAGACUAUCUUUUAGAUGGUGAAAAACAAAAAAAAACAAUGUAAUCUUAAGAAGAAAAGUCAAAUAUAAUGUUGAACAAAAGACAAAGUGCUGGGGAAACUCAGUGUCCCAUCUAUGGAGGGGGACAUUUUGAGUCAGGAUGAUUCUUCAGAAUUUCGUUCUCCUUCUUGUAGCACCUAGCUCUCGUUUGCUUUGUGCACUGGCCCUUGAAGAGGGGCAUUGGGCGCGGUUUUCUCAGUACGGGCGGUGCAGACCAGAUCCACUCUGUGAUCCCACCAAAGAUCAUGGCGGGGACUGCGUGGAGGAGACCGGGGAUGACGUCGUCGGCUACCACGUACUAAGCCGCGCGUGGCUGGCUGUGGCCCUGAAGGGCGGUGCUACUGAGGGGUGGGCGUGGCACGCGCGCAACGUGCGGUGACCAGACGGGGAUGACGUUGCUCGUUGUCACCUGGUGCGUCGUGUGGCCCCGGAGGGAUGGGCGUGGCUACCGAGGAGGUGGGCGUGGCAGGGACGGUAUCUAUGGUGCCGAGCAGGCAGGAGGUCACCCGUUGUCACGUGGUGCGCCGCGCGGUAGGCGUGGCCUCCGAGCGUGUGCCGAGCUAUAGGAUCUUUGGUGCCGAGCAGGCACAGAUGACGUCGCGGGCUCUCCCAGGCUGCGCCGCGGCGGGCGGCUGGGGUAGCUUUGAGGGGGCGUGGCCUAGAUGUGCUGGCCACGUCCCCGGGCCACGUCGCCCGCUGCCGCCGCCGCCAUUUUGACGGGGAGGGCUGUGGGAAGGAGGAGCGCCUCUGGUCUCGGCUGUCGGACGGCACUAACCCGGUUCAUUUGCUUCCCACCUCUAUUCCCCUUCCGCUCGCUCGCUCGCUCACUCACGCUCGCCCGCCAUGAACAUCUUUCGGUUGACCGGCGACUUCUCGCACCUGGUGGCCAUCAUAAUCCUGCUGCUGAAGAU